GGAGGGGGAAGGGGGAGGGGGAAGGGGGAGGGGCGCCGCUCCUCUCCUCCGGCUGAACCAGAAGCAGAAGGAGCGGACGUGAGAGGCGAUUUCCUCGGAGCUCAGCCGCCCGGCAACCGGGAGCCGAAGCAGCAGCAACAGUAGCAGCGGCAUUGCCUGGGAGUUCCUCCCAACGGUGGGGGCGGCAGAUACUCGGAGCGACAGUGCGCGGGGCUGACGGCCCCACACUCCUGCUGCAGCCAUGAACGACGACGACAUGAGGAAUGAGCUCCAGUCCAUCCAGAUGAAGGCCAACGAGGUCACGGAUGAGUCACUGGAGAGCACCCGUCGGAUGAUUCGGUUGGCGGAGGAGAGCAAAGAUGCCGGAAUUCGCACGCUCGUCAUGCUGGAUGAGCAAGGGGAGCAACUGGACCGAGUUGAGGAGGGGCUGGACCAGAUAAACCAGGACAUGAGGGAGGCCGAGAAGAACCUCACUGACCUAUCCAAGUGCUGCGGCCUCUGCGUGUGCCCCUGCAAGAAAAUCCGUAACUUUGAGAUGGGCGAUGCCUACAAGAAGACUUGGAACUCGGGGCAGGACAUCGUGGUGUCCUCGCAGCCUGCCCGCGUCAUGGACGAGCGAGAACAGAUGCAGGUCAGCGGAGGGUUCAUCAAGCGCGUGACGAACGAUGCGAGGGAGGAUGAGAUGGAAGACAACCUGGUGCAGGUGAGCGGCCUCGUGAGCAACCUGCGCCACAUGGCCGUGGACAUGGGCAAUGAGAUCGACAUGCAGAACAAGCAGAUCGACAAGAUCAACCAGAAGGCGGAGCUGAACAGGUCCCGUAUCGACGAUGCGAACCAGCAGGCCAACAAGAUGCUCAAGUGAUGCGCUCUCCUAGCCCGGCAAAACGACGGCCGCCACCCUCGCCAGCCCGGGAGACCCUCGCACUCUCCACCGCUCAUGCCCCGUUCAUUUCUCGGCAACAUUAGUUGUUUAUUUAUGCUAAUACUUCUUGGUGUGGUGACGUGGAGAGGAACUUGUGAUCAUCGAAUACCUUUAUCUGUUUGCCACCCAUUUUAUCUUGUGUACUUGGAGUUUAAUGGUAUCGUCAAUGGCUUGUGUCAAGUGGCUUAGAACCUCCUCCAUAUCCAGAUGAGUGAGUUUUGCAUGUAACUGAACAUUCUAUGAUGUGUUCUUAGGGAGAACACUGCUGCGAGAUGCCCAUGUCCACGUUCUGCUCCUUUAAUUCGGAAGAGGUUGCCGGGAGGAGGCUGGGUUCCAGUGCCUCAUGUUGUUUCUCACACCACCGCCUCCACCUCCCCGGAUUCAAGCCCCAGGGUGGACGGAUGCCGUUCUCCUCUUCAGAGCCUUAUCCGUGUCCACGUAGGCCACUGUUCUUGUUCUCACUCAAAACUCCCAAAGCGUUUGCACUUUAUUUGGUCGUGUCCAAUCAGAGCUUUCAGAGAGGAACCGCAUUAAUGCGUCCCAGGUGGAGAUUAGCGGGAGGUGCAGUGUGGGUUGCGACAGAUGCCCUCAUGCGUCCCGCUUGCAGGACGCUCACGUUUCAAAAUCCACACCUUAAUUCUCACCAAAAUAGUUUCCUUCAUCCGUCCGGCCUUGGUUGCUGAAUGACGGUGGUUUCAUUUGUGCAGCUAUUGACGUCGCUAGUUGUUUGUACGGCGGCCAAAACGAGCGUGUGGGUCCCCGACAGUGGCGCUCUCGGCGGUGCCACCUGCAAAUGUCGCCGUGUUUCCAAUGGCGAGAAAAAUCUCUUCCGCGUUAACCUCUCUUCCGAGUAAACCUCCUCUCACACCGCAAUCGCGUUCAGAGUGCCGAUUGAGCUCCUCCCCGGGCGUCGGCUCGCCGGGAAGAUGCCACUUUUUAGUUUAGCCAUCGUCGGCAGGCAUUCGUGCAGCUCGAUGGAACCUCGGUGGCCGGUGUGGCCCUGCUGGCUUACUGUCGGCAUCAGACAAGCCUGUGCCCGUGACACAUGAAGUCGCGGAACACAUUUUUAUGAAUAAACUCGAGCUUAAAAAAAACUGUUGAGGUUUUAAGCAUGACUGCAUAUCAUCUGAUGGAAACAGAGUUUGUGCCUCCCAACACUUCAAGUGCUGUGCUCCAAGCACUGUUGCCAGUAUUGUUGUGUAUGCGAUUCGCAUUUUAAUUCGGAGCAAGCGGAAAAAAACAUUCCUGCAUCACGUCGACUGUUCUUGGUGUAACCUUAACGAAUAGCCAAAAUGCCUGUGCCGGAGAGAGUUAUGAGGAAUCGAGUUUCCAGGGACGAUCUUUACCAAAUCUCAUCAGGGCCCGAAGCUUACACGCGCGCGCAGGUUAGCCGACAGAGAUGCCUUCUCCCGUAGGGGUUUAUGUGACAUUUUUUUCCGUGUAAACUUGUAUAGUUUGUAUACAUUUUGAUUAUUUGCGUGAUUUGUUCGCUAAGUAACGUUGGAGCGCUCUUCCAUGGCUGAACCGGACGAUGCUGACCCCCCUCACCCCACGCCGACUUCCUUCUGUGCGUACGGUUUGUUGCACCUAUAUGAUGAUUCCACCAAAAAUAAACGUCCACUGUUAAGUAA